AUGAAUGCAGAACUAGAUGCCCAGUACUUUGGCAAAUUGCAAUCUACUUCGGCACGAUUACGUAAUUCUGCAGACCGGGGAGGGGUUACGUAAUGCCAGUCGUCUAGCAGUCUUUGCCGCGCUAUAACCGUCUAAAUGCAACAUGUGGUGGAGACGUGAUGUUGGAUAUCACAGCCCCUUCUCGAUGAUAUCCUCAAGGAGGGUACGACAGAGGCUCAAAUGGCAGUUAGUCUGGGCAUGUUGUGUCCUGCUCUAUGGUCUGGUAACGUCCACUCUGCAGUUCCCUGCUGAUGAACAGAUCUCAAAAAUGGAAGUAAGGAACAGCAUUGUCAGCCCCACGACUCUGCCCCUCACGACCGAACCCCCGGCGGGAAUACCGACUCUGAGACCCCGGAGAGUCAACUGCACUCCUCCGGCCAUCGAGCAGUUCCCGAGACCCAUACUGGGUCCUUCCUUCCGCAAACACGGUGGUCUACUGUUCCAUAUCAUAAUAUGUGUUUACUCAUUCGUCGGUCUCGCCAUCGUCUGUGAUGACUACUUCGUCACUUCUUUGGACAGGAUCUGUGAAGAGUUCAAGCUAUCCCCUGACGUGGCUGGAGCAACGUUCAUGGCCGCGGGGUCUUCAGCUCCGGAGCUCGCUACGGUCGUCAUCGGUGUGUUCUUUGCUAAGGAUGACAUCGGAGUGUCUGGAGUGAUCGGGUCGGCAGUGUUCAACAUCAUGUUCGUCAUAUCUGUGUGUGCGCUGUUCGCUGGUACCACUGCCUACCUCAACUGGUGGCCUCUCUGCCGCGACUGCUUCUUCUACGCCAUCAGUAUCCUCAUCAUGCUCUUCGCCAUUUUUGACGAGAAGAUCUCCUGGGGGGAGAGCCUGUUCAUGCUGAUCUGCUACGUGGGCUACUGCGUGGCGUUGUGUUUCAACACGUCACUGGAGGCGUGGGUGCAGACCUGGCCCUACAUCCCCUGCAAGGUAAUCACUGAGCAGGAGCAUCUUGUCACAUACAAGACACUGGACAGCCAAGGACAGACUCAAAACAGUACCAACUACGCGGGCACUGCCCUCAGCCCUACUGCUGACCCGUACAGCAUGGGGGCUCAGCAACCCCAGCAGCAACAGCAGCAGCCGCAGGUCCAGCAACCAGGACAGAACACCCAUGCUCCUGGGAUGGCUCCGAGACCCGAAUAUUACAAAGCGAAGGAACAGGAUCCUGACCAGGUUUCUCCCCUGAUACGACCUGAGAGCGCAGAUCUCAGCAUACAGAUUCAGUGGAGGCUGUGUCUGCCAGUACAUUACAUGUGUGUCAAGACUAUGCCUGAUUGUCGAUCUGAGCAAUAUCGCAACUGGUAUCCAUUCACAUUCCUCAUCUCGAUGAUAUGGAUCUCAUUCUAUUCUUAUAUCAUGGUCUGGAUGAUAACAGUUAUCGGAAGCACCCUGGGUAUCCCGGACACUGUGAUGGGCCUGACGUUUGUAGCAGCUGGAGUCAGUGUUCCAGACGCACUAUCCAGUCUUGCGGUCGUUAAGGAAGGGUACGGAGACAUGGCAGUGUCCAACGCUGUGGGCAGUAACGUGUUUGAUAUACUGAUCUGCCUGGGGCUGCCCUGGUUUAUACAGACAGCCAUGAUCAAACCUGGCAGUCAUGUCAACGUCUACAGCAAAGGUCUCACGUACUCCACGCUGUCACUGCUGUCGACCGUGGUGUUCCUCGUGUUCGCUACCCACGCUAACGGCUGGAAGCUGGACAAACGGUACGGGGUCAUCCUGAUGAUUUGGUACCUUCUGUUCAUCGGGUUCGCCUCCCUGUACGAGCUCAACGUGUUCGGGUUCAUGAACCCACCAGAGUGUCCCAGUGACUACUAGUCACCGACACGUCACCGUGUUGUUUUCUAUUGCAAUGUUAAGUUAUGUAGUGUUGACUAGUCGGGUAUGUGUCUGAGUGUGCUUGUAUCACUGUACGUGUGAAUGAGCGCUUCUAGUGAAGACAGGAGGAAAUGAAAUGACGCGAAUCUGAAGCAUAAAAUAUUUAUUGCGGAAAGGUUUAUGUACUUUUCUUCUUAGAAACUUGACAGUAUUUGUUACUUUGAAUCGUUACAAUAUUCUAACUUUCAUAUUUGUUCAAAUCAAUAUAGAAACACAAAUAAUAAUAAACACCAAAAUUAUAUAUUUGUAAUUUAAAUUAUUGAAAUUAUAAUAUUAUAUAUUUGCACAUACAUGUGAUAAUAAGUUUUAUAUUGCUAUUUCAAAUUAUUUAAUUUUUUCCAUUAAUAUAUUGUUAUGAUGUCCACUAUAUAAUGCAUUUGAAUUAUUCUUAUAUACUAGAGUUUAAAUAGCAAAGAAAAUAAAAAAAACAUACAUCAUUGUAGUAUUUUUUUAAAACGUUUUUGCACAAAUACAUAAAGAAUAUUUAUGUAAUCAUAUAAUAUUUAAGAACAAAAACUACUAAAGUAAUUUAAAAACGCUUAUUUAAGAUAGGCAUUAUGCAUCUUGUGAUUUAUUACGAUAUUUAAAAUUAUAAAUGUGAUGCAUCAAGAUAAGCCAAUAAUUACCAUUAUAUCUUCUGGGCUUACAGCCCCAUUUUAACAUGGAAUCUUUACACUCUCUCAACUAUUAAUAUUUCUUUUUGUAUUAUUAAUUUUAAUUACUGUUUUUAAUUACUUAUUAUAUUCUUAUUGGGUGGAAUACGAGGAAUUAAAAGUUCGUUUUAAAUUUAUACCUCAUUAAAAAUAUGUUUUAAUACCGAUUUCUUCUAUUAAAAAUUGGUACUUUAACUAUGCCAAUAUUAAAUUUAAAAAUAAUUAAAAAAACAGCGAUAGUGCUAUUUUGAAGAGUGUUUCGAAUAGUGCUAUUUCGAAUAUUAUCAUUUGAAAAACUAAAUAAACAAGAAACCUCUUUCACGAACGUGACUCAAUGUUGGAUGUCUAUGUAACCCAGUAUUACACGUAUUUAAUUUUGUCAAUUAUUGAAGGCAAUAGUACUCAUAUUUAAAGUAUUUCAAGUCUUAAUAUUACGGUAAAUAUGUAUUUAUUCAUAAUUUAAGCAAGGUAGAAGUAUGUUCCACCAAGUGUCAUAACAGGGUUUUUUUUGAGGUUGUAUGUAAAAUAACAAAUCUCAUUUCUUUCUCCAAACGUCCUGCGGACAGAUAGCCAGACGGAUAAUAAUAAAAAGUAGAAGUUGACUCGAAAAUGUUAAAUCAUAGAACUUAUUCUUGGAAAAUUAGGUUUCAUGCAAAAUUUAAAGUCUACAUGUGAAACCUUUCUCGUCACAAUGUGAUAAACGAUUCAUUCAGAUUUUCAUUCAUAAAAUGUCCCCCAAAGUGACGUUGCAUGUGUUAGAAUAGUUAGGCUACAUGUGGUAAUAUUUCAGAUGUUUUCCUCUCUUACGAAGCUAUUUAGUUUAACUUAAUUUAGUUUAAUAUUUAGUUACAUUUACUUAUUCUGCUUUUUUCAUCAAGGUUACGCAUAAGACAAAUGUAAAACUGUUCGCUAACACUCAGCCAAAUGGAGUGGGUACGAAAAUCCACUACUGCUGUAGUCUAUAUAAUGGACUGGCUAAAGUGACAUUUUGUACCGACUUGACGUUGAAUAUUACAUUUGUGGUCAAUAAAAGAAUUAAAGAAAUAAUGCUAUUAAUAAAAGAAUUAAUGCUUCAAGUCUCCAUUACAAUUAUGAAGUAAUAUCAUUUUGUGCUCUUUAGUAUAGAUUUAGGUACUUCGAACACGUACAGCGCAACGUGUGCUUGUUGAUAAAGCGAACAUAUUAUCACGAUACAAUUUGUAAUUAGAGCUUGUUAUAUUAUGACGUUUGAAUAUGUGAAAUCCAUGUAAACUAGAUGCAAAGUAUUAAUACAUUAAUAUUAAAGAUUUAUUUUUGUUAAUUAUUAAUAUUUUGAAUUGCUUUUUAUUUUUAUAGCAAUAAGUAAAAUAUUGUUUAAACGUUAUUUUACAUACCAAAAUAAUACAAUAGAAUUAAUCAUUUCAAGCGUUUACGCAUUAUAGUUUAAUAUAUCUAUGUGUUAACUUCAGAUAAUAUUUAUCGGUACAUUUACCUAUGAAAUAUUUAUUGUGAAGAAUUUCGCUAAAUAUACAUAAUGUACUUAUAAGUAUGUAGUAGUUAGAGGGCAGCUUAAUACGUUAUAUUGUUACGUUUGGUAUUAAGUUCUUGGAACAUAUUGUUACCUUUUGUAUUAGAGUUCGUGAAAUAUAAAUAUUUAUUAUGAGAAAUGUUAGAAAUAAAGCUGUCAUUGAUACAUUAAUGUAUGAUUUGCAAUACAAUACAAGAUUAAAUCAAUUAAAUGUUGCGUAUAACAUUUCAUUAAACUUAGAAUAGACAUGGACCAUGACACAAUACAAUAUUUAAACGCUGUACAGGAAUACUUAUAGAUUGACAAUAUGGGCUCUCAAGUAUUUUAUCAAUUAUUAGAAGUAAAAUUGCGUAUGCUGAAGGAUAUUGUUACAAUUUAUUACAUACUUAAAACACACACACGUUUUUGUAUGUAUGUAAUUUGUAUGAUUCAUUUAUAAAAUCCAUUUUAUGCGUGUUAAAGGUUUAUUACAUACAUUCAAUUGUAAAAUUAUAAUAAAAUUUAUUAAAUGUUUAUCGACGUUGUCACUGAAAUAUACUAUAUUUUGAAGUGUGAAAAUAACUAAUUUUGUAUCCGUGUAGUUAUCGUUUAAUGCAUGUUACGAUUAUAUGUAGUUGUAUAUCAGAAACAUUUUAUUUUUACGAGAAUUGAGUCAUUUUCGUAAACCGAUUGUUUGUUAAAAACGGUCUCAUUGUGUUAUAGAGAUUUCUUUGUUUAAAUUGAAAAUUUAGAACUAAAUACAAAUGUGUUAUUUAACGGAUAAGCAAUAACAGGUACUACACGUUUCUACCAAUGUAGAUGAAUUAUACAAUAUUGUUAUAAUAAGAGUUUAACAAUAGUUCCACGCCGAGUAUCAAUUAAGUUAUCAUUCUUGCUAACUAGCGAAGUUUAAAAUAUUGUUUGCAGAUUAUUAUUAUCCCUAAAGAAUUGAAAAUAUUGUACUGAUUACAGAGUAAUGUUACGCCAAGAUUGUGUUUAGUGUAGUCGAACUUUAAAUGUGUUCUAUUGUAUGUUAUUACUACUUGGUGAAUUUUACAUAAAUUAUAACAAUGGUAUUUCCUACUUUUUAGGGAACUUAAUUCUCUCCAUGAGCAAUCAUUGCUAAUUUGUAAAUACUGUUUUUACAUGUUAAUUAGUUCCAGCUGCAAAUCAUUUCUAAACAUUAAUUUUAUUUUCAUAUUAUAUUACAAGGCAAUAAAAAAAAUUAUUGAGCUUUUUUUUGUACACGUUGUAACAAUGAAGCUGUUCUUUGUUGUACCUCGUUUACAGUUUUAUGAUUUUUCAAAAUGAUUUUUACAACUUCUUCAACCAUUUGGAUUUAUUUGGAUUAAAUUUUCGAAUAUUGAACUUGAAUUCCAAAUAUUUUCAACGUACAAUUUAACGAAAAACAGGGCGUUAUAGGAUGAACUAAAGUUAACUACACAGGUAUAUUUAGUAAUUAUAAAUCCUAUUUAUAUUUAAAUAUUAAUUUAAUCAUUUUAUUGUUAUUAAAUAAUAUUAUAACAAUAUUUUCAGUACUCAAGAGAAAUUACAGCUGAGCUUACUAAGUUAUUUUAUCUUUUUAUAAAAAAGGUUUUUACUUUAAGAAAUGUUAUUCUUCUUUAGUAUUCGAUUCAAGAAGGUUCCUAGAAUUUACUAACAUGUAAAAAUUUUAUAUUUAAUACUUAACAGUGGUUGUUUCUGAAUACGAAUUGAAUUUCCACAAAUUGACAAAAAAAUUAAGGUUGAUAAAUAAAAUUCACCCUGUAGACUUGUACAUUUAUCUAGGCAUACUGUAAAUAUACACUUGAUGUUUUGUAAUUAGCUUCAUUAUGUUGCAAUUACGUUUAAAAUGUGCUUUUAAACUGAUUUAUUUAUUGAUAGUACAAAAUAAAAUUAUUUAGUGAUUCUCGGUGCUUCUCCCCUCUUUAGUGUUAAGUGAUAUAUGUGAUAAGUCCCCGAGACGUUCCGUAGUUUUAGUUGUAGUGUUGGGGCAAUGUACCCGUAACUAACGACAAUAAUGAGAGCCUUACAACCCUUCUACUCCUCGUCUAUCAAGUCCUAAGCCGUGUACAAAGCAUGCUUUAAUGUACGUUCAUCAUAUUAUAUAUGUAUUCCACAUAUACAGUUUCGACGUUUAAAACAAAACAUAUUCAGUAUUUAGAUAUGUGUUUAUUGUUAUUUGAUAAUGGAAGAACAGGACGUGAAUGGUUGACAAAGAAUACAAUGACUCGUCUAUGUGGCAUCUAUAAUUUUGCACAAAAUUGUAAAAGAGCUUUUAUAUUUUUGUAUGUUUUACAUAAAAACAUUUUUAUUGCCGUUAGGUACCCUAAAGUAUAUGUUUAAACAUCCUUGAAAACUAUCGAACCUGCAAAAAUUAAAAUAAGUCAGAAUCUGAAGAAAUAAAACCGUAGUACAAGUGGAAAAUAGUUAUAAUUAAAUUUUUAUAUUAAUGACAAAGUAUGGCGUUGAUAAUGAUAUAUACAGCUGUUUAACUACACAAGUUCAGAAUCAUAAAACUAUAAAAUCCAGUGAAAAUAUCUAGGACCUGCUAUUGAGCAACAAAAACAGAAGUAGCAACUCUCUGACCAAAUAAUUAUUUCUAAUGGGUUAAAAUACAAACGAAUUGCGUAAAAAUGACGAUUUCUAACCAGUAAACAAGUCCUGGAAAUCUAAUUUAAAUAUACAAACAAAUAUAUUUUAAUCUACUAUUAAAAAAUAAAAUUGUUUAAUUAAUUACAACAGAUUCUAUUGCAUGGCAUCAAGAGUCGGAAGAAACAGAAGAUUUCGCCAAGAACUCCUGUUUAAAAACUUUUGAAGACUAGUAUGUAUUUAUCCCUCUUAAAGUUCGCUAGUCUGUGCUACCAUUUCAUCAGUUCAGGCCCAGAUUCUCCUGUAAAGAUCGAAAUGUUGCCUGUGCUGUUAUUGCUAUGCUAUGUUAGAUCUGUAUUAUAUAAAUGUCGUGGCCGCUUGUUAUUGUUAUGUUCUUGUUCUGUGGCUGUCGAUGUUGUUGGUAUCCCGUCUUGCUGUGCGUUGUUGUUUGUAGAUGUCAUUUACUGCAUUGUUGAUUAGACAGAGGAGCCAAUAAACAAUAAGCUGUCUGUU